AUGUCUGAGGAAUCUGUUCCAAAGCGUAGAAGGACUCAACGUUCUCCAUCUCCACCGUUGUACAAUCUCGAUGAGGAGAACGAUUUAUACGAGCCAUACAUACCUGUUGUCCAGCGCCGACAAGCGAAGCUCGCGAAAUUGACGUCGUGGAGCACAGACAAAGGCAAAGCUAAAUUGCAACAGGAAGAGCAGGAUGAGCGCGAAGACGAGGAACGCGAGGAGGAGCGAAGGCGGGAGAAGGCGCGAAAGGAACGAACAUUACUAAUGGAGGCGCAGGAGGUUCAUGAGAAGAAGGCUGCUGAGGGUGUUUCGGGCUUCUCCCUGAUUCGAUAUGCGAAGAAGACCGAGGCUGAGAAGACUGAGGAGGCGGACGCAGAGAUCCUUGCUGCUAUCGCAAGUCGCAAGAAGCUCGCCUCAGAUCUGGAGCUGGCGAAGGGCGUGCAAUACACCGAACCGCUCAAGACAUCAUGGCGACCACCGAAGUAUAUACGGGAACGCAGCGAGGAAGACAACCGACGCCUUCGUGAGAAGUACCAUAUCCUCGUCGAUGGCGAGGACAUCCCACCACCAAUCGAUAACUUUACCGACAUGAAAGUUCCGGAGACACUGGUCAAGUUCCUUAAAUCAAAGCGGAUUACCAUACCAACGCCUAUCCAGCUUCAAGGAAUGCCAACAGCAUUUGCAGGCCGCGACAUGAUUGGUAUUGCUUUCACUGGGUCAGGCAAGACCCUCGCUUUCUGUCUCCCACUAAUCAUGUUAGCCGUCGAGGAGGAAUGCAAGUUGCCCUUCAUUCGUGGCGAAGGCCCCGUCGGGGUGAUCCUCUGUCCAUCCCGCGAGCUCGCCACACAAACAUACGAGAACGUCCUCAUCUGGACGGGUGCGCUCGCACGAGACCCGAGCGGGAAAUAUCCACAGCUGAACGUGGUAUUGUGCAUCGGCGGUAUUUCGAUGAGCGAGCAAAGCCAUGUGCUGAAUAAAGGCUUGCACAUCGUCGUGGCGACGCCGGGCCGGCUGAUCGACAUGCUGGAGAAGAAACGGUUUACGUUUGAUAACUGCAGAUAUCUGUGCAUGGACGAAGCGGAUCGGAUGAUCGAUCUGGGCUUCGAGGACGAUGUGCGAAACAUUAUGAGCUACUUUAAGCGCCAACGGCAAACUCUCCUCUUCUCUGCCACCAUGCCCAGGAAGAUCCAGGACUUCGCGCAGCAGUCCCUCGUCAAACCCGUUUUGGUCAACGUCGGGCGAGCGGGAGCAGCAAACUUGGACGUGCUGCAGGUGGUCGAGUACGUGAAACAAGAGGCAAAGAUGGUGUAUCUCUUGGAGUGUCUGCAAAAAACACCGCCACCGGUGAUCAUAUUCAGCGAGAACAAGAACGAGGUAGAUGAUAUCCAGGAGUACCUUCUGCUCAAGGGCGUCGAAGCAGUUUCGAUCCACGGUUCGAAGUCGCAAGAAGAGCGUCAGUACGCGAUCAAGUCAUUCAAGUCCGGCGCCAAGGACGUGAUGGUCGCCUCCGGCGUCGCGUCCAAGGGGCUCGACUUCAACGACAUCCAGCACGUCAUCAUCUUCUCCAUGCCCAAAGAGAUCGAGGAUUACGUGCAUCAGAUCGGGCGUACGGGCCGUAGCGGGAAGACCGGCAUUGCAACGACUUUCGUAAAUAUGAACACGCCUGAACAGACGCUGCUCGAUCUUAAGUAUCUGUUGAUGGAGGCGGGGCAGAAGGUGCCGCCGUUCUUGCAGAGCAUCGAAGACCCGCGUGCGGCACAGGGCGGAUCGCUCAAGGGCUGUCCCGUUUGCGGCGGUCUUGGUCACGGUAUAUCGAAUUGCCCUAAGCUGGAGGAUACACAACGGCGGCAGAUGGCAUCCCACAGGGCCUCCGAGGAUAUGGGUGGUUACUAGGCGUGAUAUUGUAUAAUUGUGUAUGUAUCGUGCUGUUAGAUGUAUCUAUAGCGGUCUAAUCCGGGAUGAGGUUACUGGAACGUGCUAAGGUCUGUAUAUCGCUGAUGCUGAUUGGGCGAUUCACGAAGGCCCUCUGCUGACCGGCGCGCAGGUCGGUAGUGGGAAUCAGACCAACUAAUACUCUUCAUGAAUUCUUAUCUGCAUCAUUUUUGCGCUGUAUGUAAUUUACGGGUACCGUGGUCACUGCCACAACCAAUUCAAAUACUCAAGU